AUGAGAGUGGUGGUUUCAGGAAUCGGCGUGGUCAGCCCUGUGGGGGUUGGAAUCCAACACGCCUGGAAAACCCUAAUUGCAUCUAAAUGUGGCAUAGUAAAACUUGGUCCGGAAUUUGAUUCUGUACCCAGUAAAGUUGCCGGUUUAGUGCCCAAGGGAUCAGACCCCGGUGAAUGGGACCCCACACAAUGGAUCGAUGCAAAGAACCUCCGAAAAACACCAUUGUUUAUUCAGUAUGCCCUAUCAGCAGCAAAACAGGCACUAGAUGACGGCAACUGGCAUCCGGAAUCUGAACAGGAUAAGAAAGAUACCGGAGUCGCUAUUGGCUCGGGUAUUGGAGGAUUCGAAGCAGUGUACGACAAUGCCGUAGCUUUCCAUGAGGGUGGCUACCGCAAGGUAUCGCCCAUGUUUGUUCCUGGCUUGUUGGUAAACAUGGCUGCUGGAAACGUUUCUAUCGCUCACGGGCUUCGGGGACCAAACCACGCUGUCUCAACCGCAUGCACCACUGGAGCUCACGCUAUUGGCGAUGCCGCAGGCUUUAUCAAAAAUGGCAUGGCCAAAGUGAUGCUGGCGGGGUCUACGGAGGGCUGUGUUCAUCCACUGGCUGUAGCCGGGUUCGCUCGAGCUCGUGCCUUAGCUUCGAGUUUCAACGACACACCUGAGAAAGCCUCGAGACCCUUCGAUUCCGAUAGAGGAGGGUUCGUGAUUGGUGAGGGUGCAGCUGUAUUGUUACUGGAGGAAGAAAGCCAUGCCAAGAACCGUGGGGCCAAGAUCUAUGCCGAAGUAUCUGGAUAUGGACUUUCAGGGGACGGACAUCAUAUCACAGCGCCCGAGCCCAAUGGUUCCGGUGCGUACGAUUGCAUGACCAUGGCUCUAGAUGCUGCUGGGCUCAAUGGGUCGGAUAUAGACUACGUGAAUGCGCAUGCUACUUCAACCCCCCUGGGAGACGCUAUUGAGUCGAAAGCAAUUGUGCGUGCUUUGGGGAAACCCAGCAGCGAAAUCAACGUUUCGUCUACCAAAGGUGCCACUGGCCAUUUGCUAGGCGCUGCCGGGUCGUUGGAAGCAGCGUUUACGGUCAUGGCCCUCCACACGCAGACCAUGCCUCCAAACUUGAAUCUGGAGACGGUUGGAGAGGGCUUUGACUGCAAUUACAUCAAGACUGCAACUGAAGGUAGCAUCAACCAUGCUAUGUCGAACUCAUUCGGAUUCGGAGGAACAAAUGCAUCCCUAGUGUUUUCUAAAUCUCAGUAG